GGUCAGAAACACAAGCUUGUCAUUUGUCAAACGUUAUUAUAACCUUAACUUUUCGGAACGUAAAUAACAACAAACUUUGCUUUAAACUUUAAAAAAUGGAACAAACCACCACCCAGCAAGUAAACGUUUACCGAAAAAUGUUAGCAGCGUCAGUCUGCAGCAUUCUAAUGGAGUCUGGUUUCGAUACGGCCGACAAAGAAAGCCUCGGUACUUUAACAGAAAUGAUCCAGUGCUUCCUAACCGAAGUGGGGGCACUUUCGAAAAGCUACUGCGAGUUGUCGGGCCGUUCGGAGCCCGUGGUGGCCGACGUGAUUUUAGCAUUUGUGGAAAUGGGGCACAAUUUCAACGACUUGAUGGUGUACACAAAAGGCAUGAAGCAUUCGGUUUUACCCCCACUACAACCACAGCAGCCCCAGAAGCAGCUAAAUAUGUUACCAGCUGGCUCGAAGCACCCUUUACCCCCUUACAUCCCUCAGCAUUUACCCCAGUUUCCGGACCCCCACGCCUACGUUCGCACUCCUACACACAAACAACCAAUUAUUGAUUACGAAUCAGUGAGAGAAAAAGCGGCAGUUCAGAAAAAAGACAUAGAAAAGGCGUUAACGAAGUUUCUUGCCAAGACUAACCCCACACAUAAUUUGUUUGACACAGAUGAGGCGAAUAUUUUUCCACUGAUAGCUUGUAAGCCUGCGUACCCCCCUUACUUGAGCGCUCUCCUGCCCCAGGAUCAAAUUUUUGAUCCUGAAGACCUCGAAUAUGACCACAAAAGUCAAAUGAUGCAACAAUCAAAAGAACAAAAAGCGAAAGAAAAAGCUGAAAAUAAAGAAGAAGAAGAGACUGAAGAAACACUAAAUGAUUCCACAAAAAGUGAAGAAAACACAAACCCAAAUGGGUACAUUGAUAAUCCGUAUUUGGCCGCAACGAAGCUGCCUAAAAAGGACGAAAUGGAGGUGUCAUAAGUAAGACUAAAUUAUAAGUUUAAAUUUUUUAUUUAUACAACAUGUAGUUAUUUAUAAGAAUCGGAGUUAUAGAAAUGAAUAUAACAAGAUUUGAAUCAAACACAA